CACGUCACAAUGAAUUUUCGGGCUGGCUAGCCCGUAGAGGGGACGUACUCGCAUGAACAUCAUCGGCGAGAAACCUCUUUGAGACACGGUGGUGGUUAACGAGGUGACGAGUCAUGUCACACACACCAUCGAAGAGCGCGAGUCCAGCCGGCAGCCGGGGUAGCCCUAGCAGCCCGAGCACGCCACGUGGAGGCCGUCUCCGCGAUAGGGUCAACUUCUUCAUCGAGCUGUUCGAGGAUAAGGAGGCUAGACGAAAUGCCGGACAAUUUAGAUCGCCGACGAAUCCCAGACCUUCGUCCGGACCUUCUUCGCGACCAUCCUCCAGAGCCAGCGAUUCGUCGUUCGAGGAGAGCUUCGAACGAUUGGUGGAAGAAGGUGAAUUGAACGGUUCGAAGGUGGUCAAAUUUGAGAAGAUCACGAUGCGAAAGAGCGUGAAAGAGAUCGGCAGCGGUGUGUCUAGCUCGCAACAACGAGCUUUACUCGCGGAAUCGAGCAGAACACCGAGCGAGGAACACGCCCUCGAGGACUCGGCUUAUCAGAGUCAUAGCCACGGUGCUCCGAAUUAUGGGAGUAAAUCCAGCUCGGUCACGUCGUUCACGAGAUUUCCAUCCGAAGAGAGUUUGUCGCAUAAGAAGGGCAGUAGCCCUCAGCAUCAUCUGGGUCUGGACGAUCGAACGCCGUCCGAGUGGUACGCGGAAUAUCGUACUCAGAGCUUCCAGAACGUCGCCACCAGGAUCGAAUAUGUGCGCAGUAAGAGCGAGUACGAUGCACACAUCGCCGAAAUUAAAGACGAACAAGAACGAGUACAGAAGAAAACUUUUGUCAACUGGAUCAAUUCUUACCUUUCUAAGAGAAGUCCACCGCUUCGAGUGGACGAUUUGAUCGAGGACCUCAAAGAUGGUACCCGCCUACUCGCAUUGCUUGAAGUUUUGUCCGGCGAGAAGCUGCCGGUGGAAAGGGGCCGAAACCUGAAGAGACCGCAUUUUCUUAGCAACGCAAACACAGCGCUUCAAUUCUUACAGAGCAAAAAGAUCAAGCUAGUGAACAUAAAUUCGUCCGAUUUGGUAGACGGACGACCGCCCGUAGUGUUGGGCCUGAUAUGGACCAUCAUUCUUUACUUCCAGCUACGAUCGAAGGAUCGAAGGAAGAUCGAGGAAAAUACCAGAGCUUUGGAAUACCUUGGACAUACGUGGGGUAGUCAGAGCAGUUUAGAGAGUCUUAGUACCCAAGGAUCCGCGACCAGCGAGAGGAAACGCAUCAGUAGCGAGAAAUGGAAACAGGGAGCGAGGAAGACACUGCUUCAGUGGGUCACCAACGCUCUGCCAAAGGACAUCCAAGUGCGCGACUUCGGCGAAAGCUGGCGUGACGGCAACGCCUUCCUGGCCAUCAUCGACGCUAUCAAGGCGAACUUGGUGAACAUCGCGGCCAUGAGAGAAGCAACGAACAGAGCUCGUCUAGCAACGGCGUUCGACGUGGCCGAAUCCGAGCUGGGUAUCGCCAGACUUCUCGAUCCCGAGGACGUCGACGUUCCCCAACCCGAUGAAAAAUCAAUCAUGACAUACGUGGCUCAGUUUUUACACAAAUAUCCGGAGCCAGGAUCCGCCGCUUCCGAUUCGUUCGCGGCCGUACAGCAGGAGUAUGAUAAUCUGCUUGGUUGGUUGUACGAAAGGCUGAAAUACCUGGAACAGAUGGGUAGCUCCCCGUUGAGUUAUGAUGAGUACGCCGCGUUGAAAGCAGAAGUCGAGCAACAGAGGGUUGUGUACAAUAAGCUACAGCGUCUCGUCGAGACGCCUAGCAUGAUCAGCAUCACGCGGGACUCGUGGAAGCACGUGCAAGAUCUGUGGAAGACCCUGGAGAUGCUGAUGUUACGCUGGCUCUGGCUCCUAGACUCCUAUUUGCCAGGUGAAUUAGGAGUCGUGGGAAGAUGGUUGUGUCGCGCAGAGGAUCUUCUGCUAUCCGACAACGACAUCCCCGAGGAAAUGACAGAAGAAACCGCCAACAUAAUCUCGAAUAAGCUCGAGGAGCACAAAAAGUUUUUCCUCGAUCUUCCGUCCAUGACGGAACGAUUUCAAGCGGCGAGAAGUAGCGAGGCCGCGUUGAAAGUACAUCCUCAACAACUGAACGAAAUGGCGACCCGAUUGGAUAGUCUGGCGAGUCGCGCCGCCAAACGUAGAAUCCGACUAAAGUUCCUGGAGCAUAAGUGCUGCCUUAUUGCUUUCUUGUUCCUAGUUGAAACGAAGUUGAAGAGUUGGAGCGUGAAAUACGAUACCGAAGAGAGUGUGCACCAGAUGUUGGAGCAAUAUAGAAACUUCGUAUCGCGAAACAGAAUUUUCCAGGAGUUCCAGAAAGCCUACCUGGACAUGCAACAAGUCGUCGAGGACUACAAACGCGAAGGUGACGUAGACACUGAAGAAAGAGCGAGCAUCGAUCGUUUCAUGCGAGAGACCAGCGACAAGUGGAAAAGCGUGUCCAUGGAUCUGCGUUGCGUGCAAAGCAUGCUUGAGGAAGUGGUAGCAUAUUGGCGUCGCUGGAACAUAAUCUCCGAUGAGUUCGUGACUUGGUUGAACCGUGCUGAACCUGCCUUGAACCUUCCCGAAGAGGACAAAAUGGAAUUCUUCCAAGAUAUAAGCGUGUGGAAAGACAAACACCAACAAUUGUCAGACACAGUGACGUUCUUAAUCGCCACAUCCGACGAACCAGUCGCCUUGCAAUUGAAGCAACGUUACACGAGUCUCGCUUCUAGAUGGGACUCGCUGUUCCAGGAAGCGAAGCAGUACAUGCACGCUGGAGACGUGAUACGAAAUAGAAAAGACUACAGACAGGGCGUGGAAACUUUACAAAAGUGGUUGAGAAACGUUGAAUUGGCGUUGUCAGCUACCGAUCUAACCUCAACCGAGAAGAUCAAGGCCUACGGUGAGAAGCUGCAAGUCUUCCAUAAUGAAGUAGAAGGAAUCGAAGAUCUUUUCAAGAGUAUCAGCAAAAAAUUCCAGUCACUUAUUCAAGAUUUAUCUCGAGACGAAGUAGACAAAAUGAUGAACACCCUGAAGAAAGAGAAGGAGGCGUUGGUCAAAGUACGAGCCUUAAUACCGAUGCAAUUGCAUCUGUACCAUCAACUUCUGGUUCAGCAAGAAUCUCUAGAAGCUGGCCAGAAGGAAAUAGCUGCCUGGUUGGACGAAGCAGAGAGAAUGUUGACCAAUGUCGACUUAUCAGGUGGUAGAGAGCAUAUCUUGGCUCAGUUAGAGCGGCAUAAAGCCUUCUUCUCUAGAACUCUCUACUAUAAAUCCAUGCUGGAGUCUAAGAACAAAGUAUUCUCCAGUAUAGUGAAGUCUGUGGACAGUCACGCGGAUGUAGCUACUGCAGAAGGUGGCAGAACCCUGAGAGAGUUGAACGAACGGUUCAAUCGAGUGUCUCAAGCGGCUCAGGCAUUGGAACAACGGCUUCAGGAAGCUGUUAGAUGCUGGGCCAGGUUCAAAGAAUGCGAACGACAGGUCUGUGAGUGGCUGUCGGUCGCUGAAACCAUGAUGAAUGACAAACAUACCGAUAAUAGACGAUCUAUAGAGUAUCACAAGAACUUCUUUAGCAAUGUAAAUGAGAAGUGGAUCCAAGACUUUGUGAACGCUGGACAAGACUUGAAGAAUAUUCUGCCCGUUGAGAAGCAAGCUCCUAUUUUGGAAGCUGUCGAAUCGCUUCAGAAACGUUGGAAGGAGGUGUUGACGUUCGCUCCUCUUCAUUUAAUGAGACUCGAGUUUCGCCUGGAUGAAACCACGUUCCUGCAGUACCUGAAGGAGAUCGAGGUGGAGGUGAAUUCGGAACAGCAGGCUUUGAUGAAGAAUGACAAUGUCGAGAAUAUACUGCAGAGGAAUAAAGAGUUUUUCGUGAACCGUGGUACAGUUCUGGAAGUAGAGAAGUGCCUGCAGACUUUGAAGAAGAUCAGCAAUGCUUAUAGCCAGCUGAUACCUAACGAUACCAGUUUGUCUGAGGCUGCACAACAUGCUGAACGCCUGUGGAAGGAUUCCGCUCAGAGAGUGGAACGUUUGAGGGAACAAUUGAAACAAGUGCCUGAGCAGUGGGCUGCCUAUAAGAAAAAAUUUGACGAGAUGGUACGAUGGAUGGACCAUGUAGACAGUAAUCUGGCGACUAUUCUGCACGAGGUGAAUACGCUGGAGGAAUUCGAAACAGAAAAAACGGUAUUCCAGGUUCAAAUGUUAACGAAAAUAUGUAGAGAAGCAGACAGCAAGAGGGAAGAGAUGAAAUGGCUGGUCCAAACCUUGGAUAGCCUGACUUCCAAUCGUUCAGAUCACGAAGCCCUUUCAGAGCAGAACCGUUUGGAACAGUUGAUUACUCGUUAUAAGAACCUCAUACCAACCAUAGAAAUCACCAUGACGAAAACCGAUAUCUAUUCGAAAAGCUACACGUACAGAAAAGAAGUGCGCGAGGUGUGCACUCUUUUGCACAAGGUCAAAGAUCAAUCGAAGGUGGACGUAGUGUCUGAAAUUCCGGAGACCUUGCAGACCGCGGUUACUCAUCAGGAAAGCCGUUUGAACCAGUUGGAACAACAGAGAUCAAAUAUCGUGAGCAUGCUUCAACGUGGUAAAGAUCUUUUGAAAGACCAACACGCGCCUCCAUUUGUGUCCUUGGAGGUUCAGCAAUUAGAAUCAAGCUGGAAUGAUACUUAUGGUCAGAGCGUGGAGACCUUGAAGUCUCUGAAGAGCUCGCAGAAGUUGUGGAAUACUUACCUGCAACAGAAAGAGGAGAUCAUGAGAUUAAUCGAGCAAGCUGAGGAAGAAUUGAGAAAAAUCGAGUCGACUACCUAUUACGAAGCAUCCCAGGUAUCAUCCGACCUUCAGAGUAAGCAGGACUUUAGCUCCACAUUGAGAAAAUCCACCGAAGAGAUGAUGAAGAAGCUGCAAGAGACGUACAGUCAUUUGACAGAGAUUGCACCACCUGAAAGAAAGGAAGUACUGAAGAAAGAGAUCACUCAAACUGAGAAACGAGUGGAGACUACCCUGAAGACCGUGCAGGAGAAGGUUGUCUAUCUGCAGGAGCAUAGUACCAGGUGGAACAAGUUCCAGGCGAAAUUGAACGAGUUACAAUUAUGGACGCAACAAAGUGCGCCUCAAUCGAUUGCAGAUGCGGAAAACUUGGCGACCACUCCCGAAGAAAUGGUUUAUAGAACUGAGAUCUUGCAGAAAGAUAUUCAGGAGAGAAGCAGGACGUUGAAAUUCCUCGAGGAGGAAUCGGAGAAACUGGUGAAAGGUGAAACUGGCGGUCCAGGAAAGCAGCUGCGCGCUGACAUUAUAAGCCUCGAGAAGAGCAUCGAAACUCUUCAAAAGAGUAUCGUAGCCCAACGUCAAACCGCUGUGCAGAACCUGGAGACUUGGAAAGAGUACGAGAAAGGAAUCAAAGAAUUGAAACCUUGGAUCGAAGAAGCCGAGUCAAAGGCAGCCACCAUAGGCAGCAAACCUACGACUCUGCCGCAAGCAGCUCAAAUGUUAGAAACCACCAGAGCAUUCGAAACACGAUGUCAACAGCACUUCCCUCAAAUUCAAGAUUUAUCCUUGGUCAGCCAGCGAAUAUCAGGAAAAACAUCAGCCUCCGACGAAGUGGACGCUGUUCACACUCGUUGGAACGCGGUACACGAUAUAGCAGUCCAAACAAGCACGAAAUUAGACAAGCUGGUCACUUCGUGGAACAGCUUUGAAUCCGAGAUCAAAGAAUUUAACGAAUGGUUAGAAAAAUCCGAGAGAACCGUUCUCAUAGAACCAAACACCGAAACACCGGAGGUAUCAGUCUUAGAAAAAGAGCUGACUCGAUUGAAGGACUUCAACAAGACUAUAUCCGAUCAUCAAGCUCAAUUGAUAUCGUUGACCCAAGUGUCUGAUCAUAUCAGUCACGGUUUAUCUUUGGAAGGAGCGACCAACUUGAAAGCUCGUGUAUCAGACAUCAAAUCCAGAGUCAGUAAGCUGGCUGACACGGUCAGAUUGCAGAUCAAUCGCGUCUCUGAUUCUCUGUUAGCUCGCCAGGAAUUCCAGAUGAAGAUCACCGAUCUGGAGAACUGGAUGUCACGACUGAGAUCGAACGUCGCUGAGAUCAGCGAUGCGACUGUUGACACCGUUGAUACCAAUCUUCAGGCUGUGCACGCGUACAUUCAGGAACACUCCGAGAAACAGCCCAGUUUGGAAGCUAUCUGCGAAGAAGUAAAGGUGAUAUGUCCUAAAGGAUCCAUAAAAGCUAAAGCUGCUUUGGUCGACACUUAUGUAGAUCUAGAGAAGAAGUAUAAAGCAUUAGGCGACGACUUGCAACAGAAGAAGAAGGGAUUGGAGAAAUGGAUAGAAAUGUUGAGUUGGUUGAACGACGCCAAUGCUCAGUUGAGUCAUUGUAAAUACGAAGCUGAGGCUAGAAAACCUACUAUAGCUGAUUUGGAGAGAUUCUCCUCGGAAUUGCAGACUAUAUACGAGAAGAUAGACACCUGGAAACAACAUGUUUUACCUGACACUGCCAUUGGAAUUCAGAUCAGGGACAAACAGGGCAAACCUCUGUCCGCAUCGGGUUUGUUAAACGAUUUAGAGAACAAAGCCUUAGCUCUACAGAACGAGAUAUCCGCGAAACGUGACAGGCUAGAGAAUCUUGGCGCCAGGUGGAACAAUUUCAGAACGCUUCAACAAACUAUCACGGAGAAGAUAUUGAACACUCAAACUGCUCUUCAAGAGACGGUUUACAACGUCGACUCUUGCAAACAGUUGGCUCCUGCCGUGGAGACGAUUGAUCGAUUAAUCGAAGAGCAUCAGAAGAGAGAACAGGAGAAAGAGAUUCUUCAUUUUGAAGGAAGUUCCUUGAUGAAAGAGGACCAGAGAUCGACGACCAAUAUUCAAGUUGUUUUAUCUUCUGUGGAUGCUAAUUGGGAGAAGGUUAACGAGCUUCUUCGAGAGCAAAGGAAGAAAUACGCUGACAUGAACACCGACUGGAAAGAUUACGAAGAAGCUAAAGAGAAAGUGGAAAAAUCUAUCAAAGAAGCGACCAGCUUGUAUCAAUCGGUGAAAGGAGUUUCUUAUGACGUUACUCAAGCGAAUAUCACGUUGGAGAAGCACAAGAAAGCUUUGGAAAUGCUGAAGAAAGGCAGACAUUUCUUGGACAAAAUGGAUUCUAAGGCGCAACAGUUGACGAAGGAAGCUUCUUUAAUGCCUAGAUUCAAUUCUGAUCUAAUCGAAAAUGACUUAACCGAUGUCCGACAGCGAUACCAAGAUACUUUUAACGAUAUCAGUGAAAAACUGCAAACUUACGAGACUCAGGUAAUCAUCUGGAAACAAAUAGAAGAAUCGAAAUCUGAACUUAUCAAGUGGCUCAAUAAUACCAACGACGCUUUGACCACUGCGUUUGAGCGUUUAAUGGACGCAGAAAAUUGUCAAGCCAGGUUAAUUAGAUACAGAGAGGAGUUGCCUGGUUAUCAACAAUUGUAUCAGAACAUCGUCACCAAAAUUGAACAAUUAGUGAAAUCGAACAACGAUACCGAUAUUCCUACUUUGAGUUCUCUCCAUAAAUUGUUGGACGAUCAGUUCAAGGUGGUUAAAAGUUCGGCGGAUAAACUGGAAUCUUUGACGUGUACGUUAAACGAAAGGGAAAGAGCGAUUAGACAGGAGCUGAAGAGAUGCGGUGACGCAAUAUCGAAAAUUCGCGAAGACAUUAUCAAAUGCGACGAUUUGACCGGCGAAAACACCAAGAUUCUUGGUCGUAUCAAUAAAUGUCAGGAAUUAAAAACAGAAUUGGAAGAAUGUGAUUACGCUCUGUCUAAAGUUGAAGAAACACUGACGAAGAUGUCUACGGAGUAUCCCAGCAUCUCCAAGUCCAGUUUGCCAAAGGAACUGCAGGCUCUUCAGCUUCGAAGAGAUGGUGUGGCCAGCCAUGCUAAUAAAGUGAUAGCGACGUUGGUAGCCUUCUUAACUAAAUUAUACCACGAAAAAUUCAGCGCUCUUCAACGUAUGGUAGCGACGCUUAAAGAAAAAGUAGCUUGGUGCGAACCUGAACAAAGUAGCGAUCGUUACAAUCUAGAAGUGAAAAUGGCGUCUCUGAUGGACGUGGAAGCUGGAAUCGCCGAUUGCACCGCUAGAAAAGAAGACACUGACAACUCCUUGAAGCUUCUAGCAUCUGUCGAAAGCGCCGAAACGAUGACCGGCUUAAAAACGGAACGUGACAAGGUGGAGAGUGACUUGGAAUCCCUGAAGAGUAGUUACAAUAAGAUCAAGAAUGAUCUAGAAAGAAACAUCGCUCUAUGGCAACGUUACGAACUUACAUCAGAGAAUGUUUUGUCCUGGUUGAAGGAGAACGAGAACAGAAUCAGAGCCGAAGCUUCUGCGUUACUUAAUUUAGACGAUAUCGAACAGAAAAUUGCGGAAAUGACUCAAGUACAGAAGGCAGUGAUGGAGUAUCAAAGCGAACUGAAAGAUCUGACUGCUCUGGCUGAGGACAUCACCAGAGUUAGUUCUGAAUCUCGAGUGAAUCAAUACAUCAGCCAUCUUAAUACACGUUACGAUUACGUGUUGAAGUUCCUGGCGCAACAUUUGGACAGGCUUAAAGAGUUAAAAGAGAACAGGGAUCAGUAUGUUGCCAAUAAGAAGAAACUCGAAGCUUGGAUCGAAAAUGCUGAAAAAACUUUGAAAGCCUUCGACGAGAUCACCGGACCAAAGCCUAUAACUUUCUAUCAGUCGCGCUUGAAAGAACUGAAAGCUUUCGCCGAAGGACGUGAAGUUGGACAAGCCAUAUUAAACAAAACAGCGGAAGCUGGCGAAACUUUGUUCGCUAGGGUCACACCGGACCAGAGAGAAAUGAUCAGGACCGAGUUGAGAAACUUCCGUAACCGCGUGGACGCAAUGGCGGACCGUGCUAACGUGAUUUAUAAAAGAAUAGAGAGCGACAUGAUGCACAGGUCUUCGUUCGAGGAUAAAUUCUCUCAAGUGAAACAAUGGCUGGUUGAUGCACAGAAUAAAUUAGGAGAGAAACAGGAAUUACUACCAACGUUACAAGAGAAGAAGCUGACCCUUCACCUAUAUAGAGCUGUAGCACAAGAUGUUAGCGUGCACAAGAAUAUUCUUCAACAGCUCCAAGAUAGAUUAAGCUCAGCUCCGGAUGACGAUGCUAGUGAAAUGUUGAGCAACGUGAUCGAAGCCCAUGAAAAACUGUCUAAUGAAGUCGAAGGACGAAUUAAUAUAGCGGAGAAAUACGUUUCUAACCAUGAAGCGUAUCUUCAGACGUUCGAGAAGACUCGGGAUUGGAUCAACACGGUAAUCAACGAGGGAACACCUAUAAUCGAGGACUUUUCGGUGGAACGAGACACGGCAGAGACUAAAAUCACUGCCAUCGAGAAUCUUCUUCAACUGAAAGCGGAAGGGGAUCGAACUCUGACCGACUGUAACGAACAAUUGAAUAUCGUUCUUGAACAAACUUCUCUACCAGGUCAUCCAGCUUUGUUGUCUAACUUUGAGCAACAGAAAAAGAUAUGGGAAGAUUUCCUGAAGAGAUCCAUAGCCUCUAGAGACAAGUUGAGGCAUAUGUUCGACCAGUGGUCCGAAUUUGAGAAGAUCGUGGAAGACUUGGAGGCCUGGAUCAAGCAGAUGGAGACACAAUUGAAGGAUCAAAGUUUGAAGAGUACAGAGGAGGCAAAGAGGGCUCAUUUACAGAAGCUAAAGUCCUUGGAAGAGAGCAUUAUCGCGAAAGGAGCUGAAUUUAACGCUGCCAUUGAGAAGAGUCAAAGUAUCGAGGCUGAAGCAGACCUGGCCACUAGAGCUUCCAGACAAUCUACCAAGUAUCAGGCUAUCAAGAACCAAAUAAAAGAAACCGUGAUGCGGUACGAACAGUUCGUAAAGGAGCACAAUACCUUCAACGUGAAAUACAAUCAAUUAUUGCAAUGGAUCACGGACAUUCAAUCGGAAUUGAAGAAACACAGCGAAAUCGUGGGCGAUUUAUCCGUGUUGCAAAGUAGACAGAAGCUGAUUCGUGACCUUGGUGAUACAAGAACGAAGGAGAACGCUAGAUUCGAGUCUGUCGUGGACCUUGGAGAGAAAUUAUAUAUUCAUACGUCUCCCGAUGGUAGAGAGAUUAUCAGACAACAACUGAGAAACUUGAGAACUCUGUGGGAUGGAUUCACCGAAGAUUUGCAAAGCACUACGCAGAAAUUGGACCAGUGCCUGAUGCAAUUCGCCGAGUUCUCCUUGUCCCACGAGCAAUUGACUGCCUGGCUUCGAGACGUGGAACGUGCCAUGCAUCAACAUACAGAAUUAAAGUGUACCUUGGAAGAAAAACGAGCACAGUUACAGAAUCAUAAGAUUAUGCACCAAGAAAUUAUGUCUCAUCAGUCCCUGGUAGAGUCUGUUUGCGAUAAAGCUCAGCAGUUGGUGGAUCAGACCAAAGACACUUCUCUCAAUGUCUUUCUACCUUCUAUUAAACAAUUGUUCCAUAACAUCGUGGCGAAAUCGAAAGAUUUGUUGGAAAAUUUGGAAGAUUGCGUGGAGAAACAUCAUAGAUUUAACCUGCAAGUGAAGAACUUCUCCGACUGGUUGAAUGGCGAAAGAGACAAGCUCGCAGAAUGCAACGAUGUCACUGGAGAAAGGACAGAUAUUUGUAGAAGAUUAGCUACUCUGGCGACGUUGAAGGACGAUCAGAUGCAGGGAACGGAACAGCUUGGAAAGUUGAAGGAACUUAGUGAUACAGUUGUUAAAAGAACCGCGCCGAAAGGAUGGGACGCCAUUAAUAAAGAGAUCACCGUUUUGGAAAGCAACCUUCGUCAAUAUUUGAGCGAAAUAGAAUCUGUGGAAGAGAAGCAAAAGACAGCUCUUCAGAAAUGGCAAGACUUUGAAGACAAAUUGGAAACGCAUACAAAAUGGUUCAGCACGAUGGAAGCUGCCUUCAGAGACCAACAAUUGCAACCUACUUUGCAGGACAAGGAGGCUCGUUUGAAAGUUCUGAAAGAGAAGCGUGACGCGAUAUUGAAGGAAGAAUCGAAUAUCGACGAGUUCGUUGACAAGUCGCAUAGUCUACUACAUGCGAGCGGCGUUGAACGUAUCAAACCCAUGAUCUCGCAAAUUAGCAAUAGAUACCAACUAUUGCACGGGCUUAGUAAAGAAGUAGUGACAAGAUGUCAGAGUAUUCUAGACGAUCAUCGGGCUUAUGAAGAGAAACUGAAGGUUGUGGAUGCAUGGCUGACUCAAUUGGAACAAAGUUUAGCCAGUCUGAAGAAGGACGAGGCAGGCGGAAAUCUCGAAGAGAGAGUCUCUCGCUUACAGAUAUUGUUAGCUGAGAAAGAGCAAGGUGAACAUCGAUUGGGAAGCUUGAUAUCGUUUGGGGAGAGGAUCCUUGCUGACACAUCUGCCCAGGGAAGGGAACUUAUCCGUCACGAACUAAGGCAGGCUCGAGAACGAUGGGAUAAAUUUGUAGAAGGCAUAGAUGAGCAACAGAAGAAACAGGAUGCUCAGUCUUUGCAAUGGACCAAUUAUCAGGAAACUUUGCAACAGAUUUUGGCUUGGUUAGACACUAUGGAGAGAUCUGUGAAACAGGACUCGACGAUCACGUGGUCUUCUCUUCAGGAAAUUAAAUCCAAGUUGUUGAAGAGCAAGGCAAUGCACCAGGAAAUUCUGGCAUACAAACGCAUCAUCGAGGGUGUCUCUGAAAAGGCAAAUGCACUGACGUACGCAGUCCAAGCGCCAUCAGACGCUCAACAGAAAGCUGCUUCGGUUUCUGGAAGAUACGAGGACUUGGUUGAAAUGUCACAAAAGAACAUAGUCAACUUAGAGACACUCCUAGACACGUUCCAACAGUUUUACGAUCUUCAGAAAUCCUAUCAAGACUAUCAGAAACAACAAUGGGAACAAUUGACCAAUUACAGCGACUACACGGGCAAUAAAGCUGCCCUUCAAGCUCAACUGGCCAAGAUCAUGGAGCUUCAAGAUGGCCAGAGGGAAGGAGAAUUAAAAUUGGAUAUUCUUAGCGAACAUGUGGCUCAGAGUGCAUCCAACUUAUCACCUAGAUCGUUAGAAUCUAUGGAAAGAGACCUGGCUUCGUUGAGAUUCGAGCAUAAGAAAUUCGCCAUUACAGUAAACGACAUUAUUCGAUGCAUCGAGGAGAGGAUCCAGCAAUGGAGCGAGUACGAAAAUUCUUUGGAACGUUUAUUAGCUUGGUUGGCGGAUGCAGAGUCGUCCUUGAAGAAUUACUCCCUAAAGAACUCUCUUGAAGAGAAACAAGAACAACUGGAGAAAUACCAGGCACUGCAAAAAACCGCCUUAUCGUGGGACACGGAAGUGACGGAACUGGUGGCCCUAGGAGACCACCUGGACCAAAUGUUGAUCGUGAAUCUCCGGCAGAACGAGGCCGAGUUUGACAAGAUGAGCGACGAAUCUUCCGAAUUGAUGCAAAUUAGUGGGGAAACAAGGUUCUCAGCCAACGUUCAGCAGAUCACCUCGCGUUUCCAAUCUAUUCAAGCGACUGCUAAGGAAUUGGUAAAGAAAUGCGAACAAGCAGUGGCAGACCACGCAGCCUACCUGGAGCGCUACAAACAGUGUUCAGAAUGGCUAGCAAACACCAGAACUACUUAUCAAUCCAUCAAAGACGAUCUCAGUGGCACUCUUCAAGAGCUAACGUCGAACGUAGCAACGCUGAAGGAUCUUCUAACUCGUCAAUCUUCGGCAACUCUUUUGAUAAACAACACCGUGGAAGCUGGAGAACGUCUGUACUACACCACAGGCAUGGACGGUAGAGAGAUCGUUCGUCAACAAUUGCUAGAUCUUCAACAAGCUUUCGAAGAACUGUACGACAGCAUCGCGUCGACCGAACGAGAGUUACAAUCAAAGAUCUCGCGUUGGUCCGGAUUCGACGAGUCCAACGAGUCGUUCGACAACUGGCUGAAGACUGUCGAGACUCAACUAAAGCCAGAAAUCGAAUUAAAAACCACACUGGACGAGAAACGAGCUCAGUUGCAAAUCUAUCGUUCGUUCUUGCACGAUAUUCAGUCUCAUCAACAAGAUUUACUCGAUCUUCGCGAUAAAGCUGAUAAUUUACCAGACUCUACUGACAAAAUACAUCAGACGCUGAAGAAACUGAACGAAAGACACGCUACAGUGUUGAAACGAGCUGCUGCGUUCGUUGAAAAGUACGAAGGCAUAGUCAGCGAUCACCAACAGUACAGCAAGGCUGUGCUCGACACUCACGAGUGGUUAGACGCGACGCACAAUGCAGUUAUUCUUUGGGGUGACACGGAAUUAGAACGAGUGUCCCUUCACACGAACCUGGAUCGACUGAAGAAUUUAUUGCAGAGUUUACCAGAGGACAAACCAAGAGUUCAACAGAUAAGAAUCCUAGGGGAAAAGGUGAUUCCAGGAACCUUGGAAUCUGGUCAGAUUAACAUUCGUUCGCAGAUAGACUCCUCGCAGCAAGAAUGGGAAAGUUUGGUCACUGCUGUCAAGUCUACUAUAGAGAGUCUAGAAAACAAGCUUCAACAGUGGAACGAGUUCGAAACAUCGAAAGAACGAUGCCUCGCCUGGAUGAGAGAAACCGAUACCAAACUUCACGCGGUAGACCUGAAGGCUACUUUGCAAGAGAAGAAGGACCAAUUAGAGCUUCUGCGCACACUCCAAGGACAGGUUCGCGCGAAAGAACUGGAAAUAGACGCUGUCUCCGAGAAAGCUCAACAGCUUCACAAGAAUAUCACGUCUCGUACCACACAUAUGUCAGAGUUAAGCAUCAAGUACCAACAGAUAUCGAACAAAGUGAAAGAUCUGAACAGUCGUUGGCACCAAUACGUGACCACUCAUCAAGAAUUCGACAAUCAAGUGGCAGAGUGCACCAGAUGGUUGGAUGACAUUAGGAAGAAGUUAGCUUACUGCUCUGACCUGGGUGCAUCCUCUCAGAAAGAUUUAGAGAACAAGAUGGAGGUAAUUCAAGAUCUAUUGUUGUACAAGGAAGAUGGAUUCGCCAAGGUUCAAGGGAUCGUAGAACUAGCCCAAGCUGUCUUAGCGAACACAGCACCCACUGGACACAAGGCUAUCAACGAUGCUGUUGGAAAAUUACAAGAACAAUGGAGCGCACUAGCCUCGAAGAUGUUGGAGACCAAGACCAACUUAGAUGAUUCUAUCAAUAAGUGGGCUGGUCUUCUAGAGCAGAUACAAUCGAUGAAUAAAACUGUCGAUUAUAUGCAGUCUGCUUUGAACGAAUUCUUGCCAUUCCAAACGACAAUGUCUGAAAAGAGGUGUCAGUUGGAACGUAUCAAGGCCCUGGAAGAGAAAGUUCGAUGCGAGAAUAUCGAAGUGGAUAGUCUGAAGAUCAAGGUGGCUGAAAUGAUCGCCAGUGGUCCUCAAGGUCUGGCUGCAUCCCAGGCACAGAGCAUCUUGAACAGAUUCGACACGUUGUUCGAGAAGAUUAAAUCGUUGUUAACCGAGCGAGAAGAACAAUAUAAGGAUCACAGAUUGUACAAAGAAGCGCACGACGAUAUCAUCAAUUGGUUGAGUCGAGCUCGUGAAAAGAUACCAUCGAUGAAACAGAGGCCAUUAAGCGAUAAAUUGGCUAUUGAAAAUGCUGUGGCUCCAUUGGAGAGUUUGUUGAAUAAGAAGGCUCAGGGUGAACUCUUGGUGGAACAUCUUCAGCAUACUGGCAAGGUCGUCUGCGCGAGUACGAGUCCUCAGGGUCAGGAGAUUAUAAUGAACGAGGUGAAAGCUCUAACUCAGAGUUUCGAAGAGCUUUUCAGAGAAAUCAAGCAACAAAAGGAUCAAUUGGAACAAACCGUGAGUCAAUGGAGAGACUACAAGGACGAAUACGAGCGAAUAAGCGAUUGGUUACAGCAGUUCGACAUCCUCAUAAAGGCGCAGAAGAAUUCUCUCUUGUCAAACGUAGAAGGGAAAAAGAAACAAGUACAAGAGGUAAAAGAAAUACUGGAAAACCUAUUAAAGAGACAAGAACAAAUCGAUAAAUUCAACAAGACUGCAUCCAGUCUUCUUUCGUCUAACCUGGACACCUACAUAAACAACCAACUUCGUCACUUAAACUCGCGCUAUCAGGUUCAAGUGAAUCUCGCCAAAGACGUUUUGAACAAAGUCGAAACUAACUUGGCUCAGCACGAAGAAUACGUAGCUAAUUUGGCCAAGACUUGUGCCUGGAUCGAAAACGCGAAGCAAAUCAUUCGCAAAGGGACCGAAGCAGCGUCCACUAGCAGUCGAGAAGAAUUACAGAACAGAUUAGACAACAUUCAAGAAUUAUUAAGAAAACGCGAGGAAGGACAAAACUUGGUGCAUCUGACAGUGAACUGUGGAGAGAAGGUAAUGAGAAAUACUCGAUCAGAUGGUCGCGAAGAGAUAAACACUCAAUUAAAGGAGAUUCAAAAUGCGUGGGAGAGACUAGUGAAGAAGAUUUCGACGACCAAAGUGCAUUUAGAGACGAGUUUGCUUCAAUGGGCGGAUUACAGUUCGUCGUAUUUGCAAUUGCAACAAUGGAUCAACGACAGAGAAGCUAAAUUGCAACAAGUCUGUGAACAAAAGGUGUCGAAAGCUAGAAAAGGUCUGGCUGGCUUGAGUUCCUUGGCUAUUGGAGAAAGGAAGGCGAAUCUUAGACAGACGAACAGUAUAGUUCAGGAUAUAGUGGCGUUCGAGCCGAUGAUUCAAUCGGUUACCACGAAGGCUGAGGAUCUUCGACAGGCCACACCAGCCACGGAAAUUUCAAUAAAAUACGAAACCUUGAGCAAACAAGCGCAGGAGUUGUACGCGAAACAAAAAGAAACCGUGGAACAACAUCAGGCGUUUAUCGAUAGUGGAAACGAAUUUAUUCAGUGGAUAAGAGCGGCUAAGGAGAGACUUGGAAAAUGUUCAGAACCUACUGGGGAUAAGGAAUCGUUGGCGAAUAAGAUCACGCAGUUGAAAGUAUUGCAAAGCGAGCUGCCAGAGGGCCAGAAGAAGUUGCAACAUGCUUUGGAACAAGGGAACGCGGCGUGUCAAAUCGCCGACGAGGAGGACAAGGAGAUCAUCGAGGAGGAAGUUGCGAUGCUGCAGGAAGAGUACGACAGCUAUGUAGACUCGUUGAACAACACGAAGAGUUUACUGGAAGUAGGAAUAGUGAAAUGGACGGAGUACGAGGACCAAUUUUCAGAAGCUACCGAAUGGCUCACGCAGACCGAGCAACUGGUGCAAUCGUUCAACAAACUUCAAGAUAGUUUGGAAGAAAAGAAGAAUGUUCUUGAACAAUUCCAGAUCCAUUUACAGACGUUGUUCGACUGGCAAAGAGAACUUGAUCGACUGAACAUGAAGGCUCAGAUGUUAUUGGAAACUUGUGCAGACACCAGAAUCUCGAACGCUAUCACCCAACUGACGACCAAGUAUAACGCUCUUCUAUCUUUGGCUAAAGAAAUAAUGAGACGUCUGGAAUUACAUUAUCAGGAACAUCAGCAGCACAAUACGUUGUACCAAGAAUGUCAAGAUUGGAUCGAACGAACUCGUGACAAACUGAGCGAAUGUAAGGAGAUUCCAAGCACCUUAACCGAGGUGAACAAUAAGCUGCAUACUUGCAAGGCCAUCAGACAAACCUUGGAACAAGGUCAGAACAAGCUGCGUUAUGCUCUCGAACUAAAGGAGAAGGUGAUUAUGAACACAGAGCAAAAUGGUGCGGCAAAGAUUCAAGAAGACACGGAAAACCUCAAGACAGAAUUCGAGAAAUUGUUAGUGAACGUGGAAGACAUAAGACAGAAACUUGCCGCAAGAGCAAGCGCGUUGGAAGAAUUGAACAAAAUUCAUCGACUCACUACGGAUUGGAUCGAUGAGAUCGAGGGCAAGAUACAGCCGGGUGAAAUGUAUAAGAACGAUCUCAGUGAAAAACGAGCGGUGUUGGAAAAGUAUAAGACGGUUCAGAGGGAUAUUCAAGGCCAUGGUGAAACCGUAGAUCGAUUGAAGGCUCGUUUGGCUGAAGAUUCUAGCAUACCCGUUGGCCCUUAUCAAUCUACCAUCGCAAAGUACGACGAAUUGACUAAGUUGAUCGCUGAAAAAAUUCGAAAUUUAGAAGAGCAGGUGAACGAUCACGAGAAGCUGCAACAAGCUCAUAACGAAGCCGCGGAUUGGGUUCGUCACACGAAACUGGAGCUUCAGCAAAACUGCGACACCCACGGCGAAAAGGAGCGGAUCAUCGAACGGGAGAACAAAGUGAAUCAGAUCAUCGCUUCCCUUCCCAAAGGAGAAAACUUGAUCUCGAAAGUUAUUCAAUUGAGCGACGGAGUGAUCGCCAGCACAGGUCCCGAAGGUCAAGAAGCUAUCAAACAGGACGUGAAACAGCUGCAAGCAAAUUGGAAAUCUUUGCAAGCGCAGUGUCACGAGUCCCAGAAGACUUUGUCCAACUGUAUUUCCAGCUGGUCUCAAUUUACAACCGCGUUGGACAGCAUGAAACGAUGGAUAGAUCAUUUCCAGAAGAAGGUGAACGACGAGCAAUCGAAAGAGAAUAAAACCCCGGAGGAUUUAAUUCGGUGCAAAAGUCUCGUGGAAGAGGCCGUCCAACAGAAGCCAGUUUUGGAAGAUUUGAACGACAAGUGCGAAGCUUUGUUGGAAAUGAGUGCAUGUAGUUGGGCUCGUGACAAGACUGUGCAAUUGCAGUCGGCUUACACGUCUUUGUUGACGGAUAUGCAGGGACUGGUUUCCAGGGUGGAGAAGAAUUUAUCCGAUCACACCGAGUUCUUGAAAGCGAAGAAAGAGAUGGAAGAUUGGCUGCGUAUUGCUCGAGGAUCCGUGCAGGAUUGCAUGGGUGUUGGGGAUGCUGAAUGGGCCAAGGAUAAAUUGGAAACCAUUAAGAUCGUCGCAACAAGGAUCACGGAGGGUCAACAUCUACUGUCAACAUUACAAAACGCGUACGCGAAAGCCAUAGACACGGCAGUGCCAGAGCAACAAGACCAACUAAGAUCUGACAUGGCGGGACUUCUUUCCAGCUGGGAGCAACUGAGCAUCGAUUUGAACACGGUUCAAGCUCAGCUUAAGUCUCUGUUACACCGUUGGGACGAUCACACGGAAGCUCACGGGAAGAUGAAACGUUGGUUGGAGGAGACCGAGAACAGUAUGCAGGAACUUCCAGACACGAAGGGAGAAUUCGGUGACAUGAAAACGAUGCUGGAACGUUACAAGCACAUCCAAGAGGAAGUUCGCGGCAAGAAAACCGAGUUAGAUCAUUUGUUGGAAGAAGCCGGCGAACUGUCUAAACUGGCGAAAAAGAGCACGCCUCUGGAUCGUACGAGAGAAUUAUCGAAACGUUGGCAGAAUCUGAGCGAGAACGUCGACGAGAGAAAGAGAUUGAUAGAAAAUGAAAUCGAGGAAUACAACGCUUAUCACGCAGCCUUACAAGAGACUGAGAAAUGGCUGUUGCAAAUUUCUUUCCAAUUAAUGGCCCACAAUUCACUGUACAUCACGAACAAAGAGCAAACGGUAUCGCAAAUUAAACAGCACGAAACUCUGCUUGCAGAAAUCGAAAAUUACACGAGUGUGCUGGACGAUUUGAAAAUGAAAGGAAAUGGACAGAUCGGUCGAUACGUGGCUGCCAAUCCUGAGAUAAGAACAGUCAUCGAAACGCAACUUCAAAACGUUCAAGAAAGCUACAAUUCUCUAUUGAAUACCGCGUUGCAGAUUAAGAAACGAUUGGCGGAAUCGUUGGUCAAGUUCCAGGAAUAUGAGAACACUUUGGAGAGUAUUAUGAAGAAUCUGGAUGCGUAUGAGCCGGAAAUAGCGCAAGAGAUGGAGGCAUCCUUGGAUACUCUCGAUAUUGCGAAGCAGAGAUUCGAAAAUGCGCGCACCUUGCAUAAUAAGUUACAAGGCGAGAAAACGAGGCUUGCUCUGGCUGUCGAAGCUUGCGAAGCUGCGGUGGCUUGCGUCUCGAGACCCGGAAGUCCUCUGGAUGCGCCGCCUGUGCAGAUUCCGCCGAGAGAAGUGGAAGUUAGGAACAAACUGGAGGAACUGAUCGAUCAGGCUCAGGCACACUUGAUGAACGUGACGAAAGCUCUGAACGAACUAGAAGAACAAACUCGUCAGAAGAACGUGCUUCGAUCUUGGAUAAACCAACAAAGAGCUCUGUGCGCCGAAUGGAAGUCUCGGCCAGCGAAAUUAAGAUCCGAAGCUGCACACGCCGAGUUACAAGCGAUGAACGACUUACUUGGAAACGUUGGCGAACGUCGAACUCACGCGUUGACCGAACUAUCGCUUAACGAAGACGAUCAGGACAUCGAGGAAGGAUUGAACAAACUGGAAGCAGAGUUGACGGAUGCUAUCGCCGGAAAACAAGCUGCUCAGGAUCUGAUUCAAAAGUACAGAACACAGGUGCAGAGUAUUCAAGCCUGGUUGGAUGUCCUAUCGAAGAAAGUUGACGUUAUCGAGAAAGGAAAUGGGCAAACUAUCGGCCAAAAGAUCGCUAGCGUGAAAGAGAUCACAACGGAGUUCGAGUCUCAGGGACCUGGAAAGUUGAACGAGGUGAAGACGUUGAGCGAUCAAGUGAUGGAUUCUGUGAGCAACUUGGAUUCACAGCAGAUAGAAGAACAAAUUAAGUCUGUCGAAAGAAGAUACGCUGAUAUAGCGAAGAAGCUGCAGAGGAAAGCGCAGGUAUUGGACAUGACUGCUCAAGGAAUCGAGGCAACUAGGCAGGAGAUCGAAGAGAAUCGUGAUUGGAUUGAGCAAAGGAAACAGCAAGCCCAGGUCUCUGAUCCAGUUGGAUUUGACAGCAAGCAGGUGGAGGAGAAGCUCCUUGCCCUGAAGGCGAUGCUGAAGGAAGCAGAAGGAAAGCAAAUGGUGAUCGAUACCCUGGAGAAACGAGUCGGUAACAUGCAGAACGAAUUAGAGGCCAAUGAACAGCAACAAUUGGAAAAUGAAACGAAAGCUUUACGUGGCGAACAAUCUCGGCUUUGUACGAUCUUAACCGAAGGAAUUUCCAGUGCAACGGCUGCAGCCGACGCUCGUCGCAAGUUCGAAGGCGAUCUGGAACGAGCACGGGGUUGGAUCAAGUCGAAGAGCAAUAACUUGAAGAAGCUGAGCGGGUAUCUGCCUUUGAAGGCGUCGAAAGUCGAACAGGAUAUCGUUCAGCACGGAGAAUUGGAAGCUGACAUCGAUUCCUUCAGCGAAAAGGACCUGAAUGAUAUUUUGAAGCAGGGGCAUAAUCUAUUGAAGGAAUGUAACGAGGAGGAUCGAGCGAAAUUAGGAAAAAUCUUGGACGAAAUGAGCAAGGAUUAUGACGAGCUGAAGAGCGAAGCGCAAGAGAAGCAGGCAGCACUCGCGGAUCUUCUUCAAGGACGAAAGGCCUUCGAAAAUGAAAUGGACAAGUGUAAGAGAUGGAUCAACGAAGCUGAAGUGGCCACGUCUUCGGAUCUGAGGUCUUCUAGCAUCGAUAUUUUAAGGGAACAGCUGGCUAAGUACGAUCGUCUAAAGAAAGAGGCAAAGGAGUACGCGGACGACAUCGAGAAGCUAAUACAGCAAGGAAAAUCGAUUCUCCCAACCGUGAGCGACGCUGACAAACUCGAGCUAAACGAGCAGUUGCAAAACAUGAAAGAAGCUCACGGCAGAGUAGCUGGUAUCAUAAAUGAAAGAGCUCUGGCUCUUCAAAAGAGCAUCGACGAAGCUGAAGAAUCAUUGGCAAGGAUUGCCGAAGCGGUUCAAUACAUGACAGACGUGCAGAAAGAGCUUCACGAGCUUAAUAAACCGAUCGGUUCCCGCGUCGAAGACGUGGAAGCUAUGCUGAAUGCGUACGAAAAGAUCUUAAACGAUUUGAAAGCGAAUAAGGCGAAGCUAUCCGACCUCCAAUCGGUCAAUGUAUCUGAUCUACACGGGGUAUUGACUCAACAGGACGACCUCAUAAAGGCUAUAGAAUCGCAAAUUGCGAAACUUCGCCAGUUACUUCUGUUACGACAGCAAUUCAUCGCCCUGAUCACCGAUAUUACGACGUUCAUUGCUAAGUACACGGAGAUCGUUCGAGACAUCGAGAACUCAGGUCAGACCACGGAAGAAAAGAUCAAGAGAUACGACGAUGCCAUUCUAAAGAUCCAAGAAUGCGAGGCGACGCUCGCAAGUGCAACGGACAAGGGUCAGCAAAUCGCAGCAGAAGGUUCGACCGCGGAUAGAAACAACAUAACGGAACAACUACAAUCACUGAAGCAACAACUGCAAGGUCUAAGAAGAGCCGUGGAAACUCAGAGGGAGCAACACGAAUUAGCUGCGGCGGAACACAAGAGACUCGCGAACGAACUGGCCGAAAUUCUCGAUUGGUUGGAAGAUAAAGAGAAAGAAGUGAAAUCUAGACCUCUCUUGGAGAGAGAUCCGACCAGCGUGGAAGCUGAACUGAAGAAUCACAACGUAUUAUGCGAGGCUGUCAAUGAACAUCUCGACAGAAUCAGAAACUUGAAAAACUCUGUGCCUCACGAGGAAGGAAUGCCUGGUUCGUUGAAAGAAAUGCUCAGCGAAGCAGUGUCUCUGUUGACCUCCUUGCCAAGGGAAAUGGAGGAACGUGGAAAUUAUUUGAAGACUAACAUGAAACUCAGACAAGAGUAUGCUGCUCUUACUGAGAAACUUCGAAGUUGGGUUCGCGAAGCAGAGGUUAGACUGGAAAGCGACAAAGAUGGACUCGAUUUUGAGAAUAUCCUGAGCGAUCUCGAGGAGCACAAGAUUUACUUUAGUAGCGAGCCAACGAUUCGCGAGCUGGUGUCUCAGCAAAUACAACAAGCAGGUGACAAAAUUUGGCCAUCGUUGACUACGUCCGAGCAAGAAGAACUGAGCGCGGAACAACAGCAACACACUCAAUUACUGAAGAACACGUUGAACACCGCAAAAUCUCAACGUGCCAGAUUGGAACAAGGAGCUGAAACUUGGAGAGACUACACGCAAACCCUCGAGCGAGUUCGAGCUGUGAUCGCAAGGAGUAGAUUCACUGACGAACCUGUCACGACUCUGGCUGGAUUGCAAUUUAACAUCCAGAAGAUCACGCACGCUCUCAAUGAUAUACAGAAUCAACAGUUCGAAUUGGACCUUUUGAACGAACGCAGUCAAGAAGUGCUUCGAUUGGCUGAUGCUAAUAACAAAAAGACGAUAGAAACACAAAUCGCCGAAAUCAGUGCGGAAUGGAGAGAAUUGGUUUCCGGGUUAGAGGGUCGCAGAGACGCUCUCGAAGCGCUGUCCAAACAUUGGGAAGAUCUUGAGGCGCAAUGGUCUGUCAUUGAAGCUCGUGUAAAUGUCAUUGAAGAGAAGAGCAAACUUUUGGAUAUCGUAGUUCGGUCUAAGCAACACUUGCAAGACGUUAUCAAGGCUUUACAUGAGCUGGUAGCGGAAGCGGAGAAAUUGAAACCGAUGACAGAGGAAGUGAAAGAUCUAUCAGGACCUGUUCUAGCGUAUCUGGCAGCCUUCACAGAGGCACCAGCCCACGCGCUCGAGAAAAAGCUGAAUAAGUUGCAGAAUUCCGUCGAAUCGCUCAUCGACUCCCUGCAGACGAAAUCCAAGAAGGCGGACGAGGACUUGGAGGCGUUCGAAGGCACCGAACGUGAGAUCGAGCAGCUGAGGAAGCGUUUGAACGAGGCGCGCGCCUCGAACCUUUACGUCUUCGGUCCGGAUCAGGACGCGACCGAGGAGGAGCUUGACGAGCUACGCUGGGCUGUCGAGCAGCUCCUCGACAGCACGAAAAAGUUCUCAGGAAGCACUAAGGCGCGGUACCAAGCUAGCCAGCAGCUGGUCCCUAGUGAUCUUGCUCAACACCUGACAGCCCUUGAACUUUGCGCUGAAGCGACGGCGCAAGCGAUGGAGGAGAAACAGAGGGAACAGAAACGGGCUAGAACCGUCAGGUCGGAUUACUUAACCGAUCUCGACGAGGUUCAAACGUGGAUCAGACAAGCUGAAUUGAAGGUGCAAGACAGAUCCAUCGAGCCUGCCCCUCUAAAGGAACAAUUGAAACAGGUGCAAGACGAGUUGGGCACGAUCACCGACAAGCUCGAACGAUUAACGAGAAACGGCCGUACCAUUGCGGAGAAUACGAGGGACGAUACUGAGAAACAGUUGAUCGACAGCACCGUUCACAAUGUCACUGAACAGUUGAACCAAGUUAGGAACUGGCUGGACGAGAGGAAGCAAGUGGUAGCUGAUACCAUUGACGCUUGGCAGAGAUUUUUGACGUUGUACGAGGCCGUUAAGGCAUGGACCGAGGAAAAGAGACAGUUCCUAGUCGAGCCAUUGAAGCUCAGCACCCUUGUGCAGGCUAGGCAGAGGCUGCACGAGUAUUCGACAGCCGUAAAAAGCUGCAAACAGAUCAACAAGAAUCUCAGUGAUAUGGGUAAGGAGCUGGAGAGUAUCGGUCAGGUUUGCAGCGUGGGCGACUUGCCCGAGAAACUACUCGAAGCUGAAGAAGCUAAAGUCCAAGUAGAGGGUCAACUGUUGGAAAGGAACGCGCUGCUGCAAGAAACUAGCGAAGAAUGGGAGCAGUGCGAGCGAAAGAUGAAGGAAGUGAGAACGUGGAUCGAGAAAGCGAAACAGAGUCUCGAGUCGCCGCAGAACAAAAAGAAACCAUUACGGGAUCAACAUAGUAUAAGGGAAAAAAUGCUGAGCGAUAUCGCGAUACAGAAAACGAAAAUUGGUAUGUCGAUGGAGAAACUUCAGGUUCACUUCCGAUCUGGGAUUGGUGGCGAUAGUCGAAUCGGCGAAACGGUUGACGAGCUGUUGGCCGAGCUAGACAAUCUUAAUACCAAUGUGAGAGAACAGACUACGGCAUUAGAGGCUUGUCUAGCUCAGAUUGAUCAAUACCAACAGGAGAUACAACAGUUGAGGCAACAGAUUAUGCAGGUGGAGCAACAACUAAGGACAAUACUGAGCCCGACGUAUCUGUCCGCCGAUAAGGAGAAGGCGUUACAGGAGCAACAGAUCUGUCGGGAGAAGAUCAAGUCGUUGCAGAGCAAAAUCCAGGCGCGUACCGAGAGAUCGAAGAUCCUCGUGCAACGUGGCAAGCCCGAUCCAGAACCGUUAGAUCCAUGACCAGUUUGGUCGUUUAGAGUCGAUUGAGAUCGUCCAACGUUCUCGCGAUUCUACGUGAUCACGAUUUUGACAGCUAUUAGUGUCGUUCCUCGCGUUCUUUUCUCACCCGGUUCAAUUCCGCGCACUAUAUCCGGAGCGAAGGAUACGUCGACACCAAAUUGACGACAGAAUCGAAGAGAUUCGAAUUCUUCGAGCUUCAAAGAAUCCUGAAGUCUUCGACCUAUCGUGUAAAAAUGUCGACGUUCGUCCUCGUCCACGGAAUGGAAACCGAUCGAUUUUUAAUACCUCAGGAUCUUUUUUAGCGAACUUUAUAUUAUAUAUAUGAAUGUAUGUAUGUAUACGUAUAUUGUCUAUAUUACAUUAUAUCGAGCAAACUUUUCCUAAAACGUGUUAUUCGUUCAGGCAUAGAGAGCAGAGUUGCGUUCAUAUAAAAGAAAAAAAAAAGUAACAAAACCAAUUACCAGUAUACUGUUUUAAAAGAGAGAAUAAAGAGCCCUCUUUAUCGCCAA